AUGUCGAACCCUUGGAAGAAAAUUGCUGCACCUGCAGAAGUACAAGACUUAUCGGACAUCAUGUCCGAAGAAUUGGCGAAGGGACUUCAGGUCAAGGAGGAAAUAAGGUUUGUCGAGCAGCUUUCAGACCAGCACGUGAGUACGUCUAACGAAAUACCACCGGAAUUGCUGCAUGAUAUCGAGGCCUCGAAUGUAAUGGAUUAUUGUGACUCGGAUGCCAUUAUUGCAAAGGUUUUGCAGUGCCAAUUUGAUAGAGAAUAUGACAAUGAACUCAAAGUGGUUGAGAAAAAACGUAACGGGGACUCGAAAGUCUCAGUAUCUUAUGAUAAUUUCUAUCAUGUGCCGAAGCAUUUAUUGUAUGAUUCUGAUUCAGAUGAAGAUGAUGUGGAUACAAAGAAAGAUUGGGAUCGGUUUGAGACAAACGAGAAAGAAUUUGCAAGUUUACCAAAACGAGGGUAUGUUAUGAAAGAUGGAGAGAUGGUUACUAAACAUGACAGUGUGAUUAAUGGCAGGAGGAAUGCUUGCCGUGUUAUGGCAUUCCCUCCAGAGGUGUGCACAGGAGAUGGUGCUGGGUUUGACAUGAAACUCUCCAACUCUGUAUUCAAUCAAUUGAGGGAACAAACAAAACAUCAAACACGUAAAAAUAAGAUGUUGGACCGUAAAGAGAGUCAUGCGACUGCAGAAAUGGGUCUUGAUGAACCCACAAGACUUCUUUUAUUCAAGCUGAUUAAUAAUGAGGUGCUGGAGGAUAUCAAUGGAAUAAUCUCAACUGGCAAGGAAUCUGUGGUUUUACAUGCUACUGGUAACACUAAAAACCCUGACAUAACUGUUCCUAAAGAAUGUGCAAUAAAAAUAUUUAAAACUACCCUGAAUGAGUUCAAAACUCGUGAUAAGUAUAUUGAAGCUGAUUAUCGCUUCAAGGACAGGUUCUCGAAGCAAAACCCACGCAAGAUAGUUCACAUGUGGGCUGAGAAGGAAAUGCAUAACUUAAAUCGAAUGAAGAAAAUUGGUUUGAACUGUCCUGAUAUGGUUUGCUUAAAAAAACAUAUUUUAGUGAUGUCUUUCAUUGGUAAAGGCAACAAGCCUGCUCCUAGACUAAGGGAUGUGAUUUUGGAGCCUGAGGACUGGCAGAGUGUGUACAAUGAGGUAGUGGAGGCGAUGCACAAGCUGUACAACACGGGACACAUGAUUCACGCCGACCUCUCCGAGUACAACAUCCUGUGGUGGGACAACAAGUGCUGGUUCAUAGAUGUGUCCCAGUCUGUGCAGCCUGAUCACCCUUAUGGUCUAAAAUUCCUGCUGAGGGAUUGCCAGAAUAUUGCCAAUUUCUUUGCCAAGAAAGGUGUCACUGACAUGAAGACUGGUGAAGAUUUGUUCAAGUCAAUCACUGGGUAUAAUGAAAUUAAUUUAAACUUAGCUGCCGGUGUUCACACUGUCUACAACUCUCUGUCCUCACGCUUUGAGAUUGCACUUGAUGACAACAGGAACAUUAGCUACCCAUUUGAGUACUGCUGGAACAAGUCUAAUGAGGUGAAGGCAGCUAAAAGUGACAAGAGUGCUGAUGAAGAAGAUAAGGAUGAAGUGGAUGUGUUUGAGGAGAUGUGGAUUCACUCCAAACAGAGCAAGACUGCCAUUGACACAGCUGCUGAUUUUGGAAAUGAGGUCAAAGUACAAGAAAGUACCUCCAAAGAGAAAGAUGUAUUAGUAGAUCGUAGUGUAAACUUUCCUAAAGAAAUAAAAGUUAUUAUACCUAAGUCAGAUGACAUAAGUGAUACAGACAAAAAUUCUUAA